AUGUCAUUGAACAACAAACACGGAGAAUGUGUUGACAAUGUGGCACUCAAACUAUAUAAGAAGAAAGAAUUGGAUGUGGCAACAGAACACGAUAAACCAUCAACAAACAUAAUGCAUGUCCAAUAUCUGUUUGUCAUUUUCCUGAUAACCCUGGAUGUGAUUUGCUCACAACGUCCACAAGCUAAUCCAGGUCUAUCAGAAAAAGAUAAAAAGAUUUGGCAUUGCUUAAAAAGACUCCAGAAUUUCAAAAAGUCAAAGCAAAAAUUAUGGCCCUAUUAG